AUUAGUUUCUAUUUUUCCUAUAAUUAAUCUAAAAAUUGAAAAUGAAAUCAAAAUCAUUAACAUUCUUAACGUUUUUUCCCUUUACCCAAUACCAACCAAACGACCUCUAAUAAAACCAAAUGAACCCAGUGAAAAGACUAUACUACCCCUGUACUGACAAAAGGAAAGCUCUCUAAUCAGCGCUUAAACCCUACUACCUUCCCCUCUCUCUCUCUCUUCUCCAUCGCCAAUCACACCAUUCACAGCCGCCUUCUUCUUCUUCCUUCUCUAUCAACAAUGGAGUCUGCUGCUCCUUCCUUACAGCAGCAACAACAUCAACAACAACAACGUCGCAUUGAAUUCCACUUAGCUAGAAAACCCAUCUCUUCUUCCUUCUCUAAUCACAAUUCUUCCAAUUUCAAGCUUGAAACUUUAAACCCUUCUUCCCCUUCUAUCUCCUCUUCUAAAUCUCAUUCUCUAUCUCAACCCCUUUCGUCUUCUAAUUCUAAAUCAAAUUCGAAAAACCCAGAAUCUUCUGAUUUUAUUGAUGCCUCUUUUGAUCUUGAUUUCGCUUUCCGAAUCCCUUUUCACCGGAUUGGAGCUGGUUUGGAAAAUCUGGGGAAUACAUGUUUUCUUAAUUCUGUUAUACAAUGCCUCACUUACACAGAGCCGUUAGUGGCGUAUUUGCAAAGCGGCAAGCAUCAGAAUAAUUGUCAUGUUGCUGGUUUUUGUGCGCUGUGUGCCAUGCAAAAGCAUGUUAACCGUGCUCUACAAUCUACUGGGAGAAUAGUAGCACCGAAGGAUCUUGUUUCAAACUUGAGGUGCAUAUCUCGAAGUUUUCGAAAUGCAAGACAAGAGGAUGCACAUGAGUACAUGAUAAAUUUGCUAGAGUCAAUGCACAAAUGCUGCUUACCUUCAGGCGUGCCUGCUGAAUCACCUGGUGCUUAUGAUAAGAGUCUGGUUCACAAGAUAUUUGGGGGUCGCUUACGUAGCCAGGUUAAAUGCUUACAGUGUUCCCAUUGUUCGAAUACAUUCGAUCCAUUCCUGGAUUUGAGCCUUGAAAUAAUCAAGGCAGAUUCUGUUCACAAGGCCCUCUUACACUUCACUGCUGCUGAGCAAUUGGAUGGCGGAGAGAGACAGUACAAAUGUGAAAAGUGUAAGCAGAAAGUCAGGGCGCUCAAGCAGCUGACAGUUUAUAAAGCUCCAUAUGUUCUCACUGUCCAUCUUAAGCGAUUUCGUCAUUUUGCUGGGCAAAAGAUUGACAAGAAAGUCCAUUUUGGCUCGUCAUUGAAUCUCAAACCCUUCGUCAGUGGAAACUAUGAGGGCGAUUUGACCUAUACACUCUAUGGUGUUCUAGUUCACGCUGGGUGGAGCACACAUUCUGGUCACUAUUAUAGCUUUGUGCGCACGUCAAGUGGAUUAUGGUACUCACUUGAUGACAACAGGGUUUACCAAGUAAGUGAAAAGACUGUUAUGGAGCAGAAAGCAUAUAUGUUAUUCUAUGUUCGUGAUAGGAAAAACCCUGCUCCUAAGAAAGCCCUAGAUGUUGUUCACAAAGAAAACUUAUUUGGCUCUAAGAAGGCCAUGGAUGUCCGCACAGAAAAUUUGAUCACAACUAUGCGAAAUGCAACAAGUUCAUGCUCAAUCCCUGUUGUCAAGAGCUAUCAAAAUGGUUAUACUGACAAGAACUCUAAGGAAACUAGCUCAUCUGGUCUGAUUGUGAAUCAUUCUGUAGGGCACAACGCUUCUAAGGUUCCGGCUCAACAGAAUUCAUCCAAAUGUGUCUCAUCUAUUGCCGUUGCAGAGGUGAAAGAGUUGAAUCACAAAAACAACCUAACAAUGUCAACAGUGUCCUCUGUUACAAAUAAAGAAAAUUCAUCAAUUGCUAACAUGGAUUUGGAUGGAAUGGUGAACCCAGCAACCAAAUCUAGUAGUGGUGAUUCGAAAAAAAGUGCCAAAGCUACAACUUCUGUUGACUGCUGUGAUAACAAGGAGAAGGAAUUAGCAUCAAUUGAAAAGCCAUCAAUUUUAAAUUGCCCUUCUAAUGCUGUUAAUGUUUUAUGCAACAAGGAAUCGCAUGAGAUCGGUACUCCUGCAGGCACGAAGGUUCAGAACACUCAGUCCAGUAAUGUAAACGAGGUUAAGCCAAAUGUCCCAUCAGACUCUGCCAUUCAACUAACCACGGAAGAUGGAACUAGGAAGACCAAGAAUGAAGCUUCAGAGCCCACGUCUGACAUCCAUUCAGUAUUAAGCAAACCAAGAAUUAAGAGGCCAAGAAUGAAUGGUCCUUCUGUGAAAUCUCCUGAAAGUGCACCUCGCCAAAGUUCAAUGAAGGAUAUAUUGAAGUCAAGUAUUGGAGGGAUGCAUUUUAGUACCAAGGUGAUGUAUAGGGCUUCUUUGGCCGUGAGAAAGAGCAGAAGAUUCAAAAGGAUGAAGAAAAACAUUAAAAUUGUUCCGCAAGAUCUCUUGCCUACUGAGGAUUUUGCCUCUGUAGACAUGGGUCCUUCAACUUCUGACUCUGGUUCUGUGGGUAAUUCUAAAGGUUGCCACAAGAAAGGUGACAGUCCAUGUGUUAGAGAAGUAAAAAAUUCAGGGGCACAUUGCAAGGAUGUUAAUGAUUCGUGUUCCAAAGAACAAAGUCAUCAACCUGUUAAUGUACCUAGUGCCAGCACUGGACUGGAGGAGUCUCAUGUUGGAUGCUGGGAAGGUGUGGAGCCUCCUUUGGAAAGAGUAAAAUCAAAUGGCCAAAACACUUUAAUUAUUGGUCAUGUACUGGAUGAGUGGGAUGAGGAAUAUGACCGUGGUAAAAGAAAAAAGGUAAAGUUGGUAAAGAAUACUUUUGGGGGACCUAAUGUUUUCCAAGAAGUUGCAACAAAGAAAGCAAAGUUGAAGGUAAAUGCUAAAAACUGCAGAACAAAACCUUGCAAAUAAGCCAUAAAUGUUCCAGGUUUCUUCAGUUAGUGGAUGGAGAUUUUAUCACGGUGGCUUGUGUUUAGGCUAAGCCUUAAGAAUUCUCCAAGUAUUAGCUGUUUUGGCCUUCUUUUUGGGAGAUUUAACACCACUCUAAAGUCUUCGAUGUUGCAGAAGUUAAUCAUUGUACUGGCUUGAGUCGAGACUGAUUCGAUGAGACUUACAUCUGUCUCUGUCAGGUAGUAAUGUAUGAUUAUCUAUAUAGUAUUUUUGAAGACUUAUUUUUUUAAUUAUUGGAAGGACAGUAUCAAGGAUCUCUAUAGCUGCAGUUUGUAUGAUUUGAGUUUUGUAGGCAAUGUAAAAGGUUCUUGAUGUUUGUGCUCUGUCCUUCAAAGUUCUGUAUCUGUGUCCAAAGUAAUUUUGUGGAAUGUAAUUUGGUCACUCAUUAACCUUAAUAAAAUACCAUCUUGUUUGUGUUUCA